AUGCUUUCAUUUGAUUAUGAUGCACUUCAAAGAGAAAUUACAAAUAUUGAUAAUGCAGAUGAUGAUGAAAUACUUGAAAAUAAUGAAGAUGUGCAAGAAAAUCUUGGUGAUGAAGCUGAAUUUGAUAUGGAAGUCCCAAAAAAAAUUAAGUCCAAAGUCACACCAUGUGUAAUUGUAGAUAAUGAGAAUAAUGAAGAAAAAAUUGAGCGCUGCAACCAUAUGGAUAAUAAUAAUCGUAGCAUUCACAACUUGAUUGGUUGCUUUGAGAUAGAUUCAAAUGUUGUAAGAGAAGUUGGAAAGGAAAUUGAAAAAUUAGGUGUAUGUUUAAAACAUUUGAAUCUUGAUCAAAAUAAGUUUCACCAACCCAUAGAAGGAAAGUCACGUAUAAAAGCAACACAACCCUUUUAUAAUGGUAUUAUUCACAAAAAAUUGUGCCUUCUUUGCAACAGAUACAAGUGUUUUUAUACAAGGGGUGAUUUUUGUAAGUUGCAUUUAUGGAAUGUUUGUAAUCGUAAUAUCCAAGUUCCAUGUCGUGGUUUACAUGAUUGUCCAGCAAUAAUAGAACAUCCCAUUUUGGCUAGCAUUCCAGAAAAUACUCAACGUGUUCGAUAUGUUUGUACUGAUUGCUUGGUAUUAAAUGGUGCUCAUCUUCAUGUGAAGCCAGGUUCAGGAAAAAAAUCAUCUUCCUGUGUAGAUAGAAAAAAGCAUGAGGAAGAUUCUACAUCUUCCUUAAGGCUUAUUGCCAG